ACGUUCGCACGGACGAGGUCACGGUCAGGGAUUACGGCAGUUCCCGCGAUGGCUUCGGUCUUUGCAGUGCUUCGAAGGAAUCCUAUAAAUCGUAGCGACGUUUCCUUCGAGAAUUCAAUUGGUCUGAGACGUUCGGUCGGUUCCUGUCGGAUUCCGAAGUGAGCUGCCGGGAUCCGGCAGUUCGCAUAUCGGAGCCACGGCUACCGUCGCCGUUGGCAGCGAUGACGGAGGACGUCGGUGCUAUGCUGCAGAAAGGUCUGACCGAAUGGUGGAACGAGGAAACGGAAUACGUUUUACAGAGGAUCGAGAGAUGGGCGGCGUACGCGAGGGGCUAUAACCGUUUGCGGUCCCAGAGACUGUCCCGGGGACGGAUGACCAUGCAGACUGGCCAGGAGCCGCGUUGGAGUGUCUCCUCGAACAAGCUGAUCAUCGACGACAUGUCCUGGAGCCCGCGAUUCCACACGUUCAAGAAGUCCCGGAGAAAGUCCCGCCCGGAGGAGACCAAGAUCAACUGCUGCGGCACGUUCAACUACCAAUCGAACAGCAACCUGGACAGCAACUGUCUGGAGACGUACCGGUACGAUCACAGCAUCUACUUCAAGACGGUCGGCGACAUCAGGAACAGCAAGAAGAACCUCGCCGAGAAGACGAAGAAUGAACAAGAAGACGGGAUCUCGGUCAGCAGCGACGAGCUCGUGGAGUGGGACGUGAAAUCUGUGUCGGAUUUCAUAGCUAAUCAGCUAUUCGAGGACGAACUCGCCAGCGGGAACAUCAAGAACAUCUUCGCUACCACGACAGCUUCCGUUCAAGAGCACGUUGACUUCGAUUCGGUUGCAUGGUCCACCGUAGAUCUGACGAAGCUCGAUUUGAAGGACGACGCCGGCAUCGGCGACGGUCCGGCGGUCGACGAAGAGAACAAUUCAACGGCCCUCGAGAUCGACGACGAGAGUAAUAACAACUGCACGGAGAGCACGAAGUUCGCGGAGGACACGGAUUUGAUGAACGAACAGCCGCAUUUGAGCUACGUUACCAAGGACGAGGACGCUGCCGAUGAGUCGCGCAGGAACGACGAGGUCAAGAAAUGUCUCGACAGUCGGCGAACCCGAAGAGCGUCUAGAAAAGUGAGACAGUCCCCGGCCAUGGGCGACAACGACGUUAUUUGGCCGAGUGUUUUGUUGAAUUACACAAAGAACGUAGAUAAUAUCAGUUCACCGCAUCAUUAUUGGCAAGUGACAAAGUGAACUUUCAAUCCACGUCCUAAAAAUGGUAUCGUUUCGUCGAGAGUGUCGAUAGACUCGAAGAUACGUAGAUCUUGAAAUACGUUCAAAUUCUACGGAAUCGAGGAUAACGAUUUCGGCUCGAGCUAAAGUGUACGAUGCGCGACUUCUGAACAGAUGCAACAUCGUCUCUGUUGCAACUUAACGUAAUCUGGUCGAAGAAAUAUUUGUCAUCUUUGACGACACGCUACUCGAUACUUUAUUAAGGAUAGGUGCUCUUUAUUUUUACGCUCGAAGAGGGGCAGGUCUUCUUGGCAAAAAUAUAACCGAGCGUGCUCGAGAUCAAUUCUAAUUUUAUUCGUUAAGCAUUAUCAGCGUAUUCUUUUCAAGUACUGGAUAGUGAAACAACAAUAUUUGUACUCUGGGUCCAGGUGGAUCCCAGCCUCACUGUUCGGGUGUUAAUAGUAUAAUGCCUUAUACACGUUUCUGAAACAUAAUUUUAUUUAACAAAGUUCAUGCAUUACGCUGAAUUAUGAACGCUGAACAAAAUUAUUACGCUGGAAUAUAAAAAUUCGCUUCUUUAAGUUCAAACUUGACGUCGUUUUUAAAACGUUCAUUUGCGAAACAGCUAAACGCAGACAAAAACAAGCGACAAUUGGAAGGACAUAAGUUCGGCGUGUAAGGAGGAUGUGGUGGACCUUCCUGUCUAACAUCCGCUGUCUUAUUACCAGUUUUUGACCAUCAACUUGAGGUUACGUUUUAUCGUGCUAUAUCUAUACACUCAUGUUCAGCAAUUGCAGUGACAAGAUUUUUAUGAAAAUCGAAUCGUCUUUUAUUGCGGAUCAAUUACAUUACGAUAGUUCAGCAGCAUUUGAAAAUCGUUGCGUGGAUUUGGAUAAAUACAUGUACACUUACGCAACUCCUCAUUAAUUAUAGAUGGAUGUACUGUUCUGAAA